AUGCACUCUCUUGCUGUACUAUGCGCCCGCAGCACGCUAUCCUCGGGUUUCAACGCACUGGCCGCCGUCACGUGGGAGGACUUUCUUGUUUGCCAUCUCAGUCUCACCUCUCGGCAGGAGGCGUACAUCACCAAGCUCGUAGCUGCCCUCUACGGACUGCUGACCAUUGGCCUUGCGUUUGUCGCCGGUACAGUGGGAUCCAUCCUCAAAGCAGCCUUCGCAAUGUCUGGUGCUCUGUCUGGUCCUUUACUGGGGGUCUUCACGAUGGGACUGCUCUUUCCCGUAAGCAACAAGAAGGGCGCCCUAGCAGGCCUGCUACUGGGCGAGGCCAUGUGCCUGUGGGUGGUGGGUGGGUCUCUGCGGUACGGUUCACCGAGCGAGGACCUUGCCACGUUCCGUCGAAGGGUGCGAAACCGGGCCACUUCCAGUCGUCGGUGUAACUUCAACGUGUCGCGGCACCCGUCACCGGUGGAGCCAGAGUGA